AUGACAUCACAGAGGCGCAGGUUCGAGGCGGCUCUCCCGGCGCUGCUGGCGGCACCUGGCAGCCGUCGCCUCCCGCACGCGGUCCCCGGCGCCGCGCUGGACCAGCUCGCCUGCAGCGUGUGCGGCCGGGCCUUCAACGGCCGCAACCGCCGCCAGGACCUGGAGCGGCACGUGCUCACGCACACGGGCGUCAAGCCCUUCCAGUGCCCGCACUGCCCGCACCGCACCAACAGGAUUGGGAACCUCAAGACGCACGUGUUCACGGUACAUCGCGACCUGGCGACCCGCGGCCGACGCCCCGUGGACGGGCUGGGCCCCGCGCUCGCACCUCCUUCGGGCCCCGUGCUCGCGCCUCCCGCGGGCCCUCCGCAUGCCCACAAUGCCCUAGGAGCCGGCCACGUCCUCGCGGCACCUGCCAUGCCCGAGGGAGAAAUGAAUACCCUCCCACCCCCCCGUUUUCUAUGCCCUGGGAUCAUUUUCUUCUGUCGGCGUUUUCCUUCCGCGACGCCCCCUGGACCCACAACAACGCCCCCUCUGCCCGUUCUCCGUCGGCGUCCGCACUGUUUCUUCGGGUCUUCCCUACUUUCCUUCGUCAAGAGAAAUGCAACUAUAACCUGCGCUAUCACGUCCACACGCCCCGCCCUCACGCCCGCACGCCCGCGUGUACAUGGGCGGCGUGACUCGGAGGGCGCGGGCGUGCGGUGCCCUGUCUGCGGCCGCUUCAUCACGGGCGUCAACCGCAAGCAGAAUCUGGAGCGCCACAUGCUGACUCACUCGGGCGAACGGCCCUUCCGUUGCCCUUACUGCCCGCACGGCUCCAACCGCGUCGAUAACCUCAAGCUCCACAUCCGCCGCGUCCACCUGCUGCCUGCCUCCACCUCGACCACUUCCACAUAG